AUGGCUCUCACGGAUGGCACUCGCCCCUCUGCAGAUGCCGGUGUUGGCUUGACCGUAAUUUGCAAUGGGCAUGGCAACGACAUAACCUUCUUCACCUGGCGCAACCCAGUCAACCAAGACUGCAGUUCGAUCCGGCCAAUUAAAUCCGAUAUCCCUUCUAUGGACUUUCACGAGGGUUCGAGUCCUUCGGUGUUUAUCUCUGGAGACGGAGUUACACAGUAUAUCUUCUGGACUGAUCCUGGAAGCAACAUCCGUUUCGCGACCGACAAUACUAGCAGCAGCUUUGAACGACAGCUCAUCAGCCUUGAGCUGGAGCAGGUAAUGCGCUAG